AUGCUCGUCGAGACUGUGGUCAAUGUUGCCGUGCCGGACGGUUGCACCCCUGUCUGCGCACCUAUAGACAACGACGGACACCCGCUCACGUUCCAAUCUUACUUUGCAUCCUUCUCCGAACUCGAGUGCUCUUGCUCCUUUUGCGACGGGCUGAAUGAAGAAACGUUGUCGUGCUCCUAUACCUACCUCGAGUCCGGCACCACCAUCAGCGGCGAGACCGUUGUGAACGACAUGGGACUCUUCGGCUUGAGCGCCGCCGGCUGCCCGCAGUCGCUCGAUCCCAACUGCGGCCCGCCGCCUACGCCGACGACCGAGCCUGCUUGCGUACCGACUGCGCCCCCAGGCGGAGGCUGCGGCUGGUUCCCGCUCAUUCCGUGCGCGGUCGACUCGACGGUCCGCCUGUGGGACAGCGCGUCGCUUUUCUUCCUCCCCACGAACAACACGCCCGACGCGUGUAUUGCGACGUGCUCGGCGCACCAGCACGCGUUCGCGGGCGUCGAGGAUGCGCAGGAGUGCUGGUGCGGUGAUCGGUGGACGAACGAUCAUCUGCCAGAUGUGGCCGACCCGGACGAAUGCGAUAUGCCAUGCACGGGCGACCCGGACGAGACGUGCGGAGAGGCGUUCAGGAUCCAGGUUUACGCGCUGGUGGAUGAGCUGACGUAG